CACUCCCUCUUCCGGCAAGGUGUAUGACUCAGACAAAAUGCGUAUUGAGAGCUCUGAAUCCAUCCAUCGCCUUUGGAUAAUGUCUGGUCUCACACAGUUUGCGAGAAGAAGCAAAAUGGCACGCAGAGCUCGGUUGAGUCUUGUCUUGGCCAUAAGGAGGAGUGAGCUGGAGGAAACGCGAAUCGCUACGGGGACGCGCGUCAUGUGCUGCAAGGCUUGAGCACGAGCGUUAAAUUGAUCAGAUGCUCGAAACCCGCCAGCUGAUCUGAGGAGGAUUGCGCUCGAGACCCCGCGUCUCCGUUUCGUUUUCUCCGCCAGAAAUCGAACUUUUAGCCGAAAAAAUCACUUGUCGUCAGCCGAGGCGACAGUGAGGGGAAAAAACCCGAAGCGGAGCUUUUUUGAGGGGCUCUAGGCGAUGGGUGCCUUUUGGUUCCUCUCGGUUUCCAGAGAAGAUGCGAGCUCGAGCUUCAAUCCACGCGCUCCGGCGCCUCUCCAAAACUGACGAUGCUCCUUGCAACGACCACCGUCGGAUUUUUCGCGUCUUGGAUUUGUCUACGAGUUCUGGAGUAUAGAUGAUAACUGUUUUAGGGAGAAAUUGAGGGAGAAACCGCGAGAGAUCAUCACUGUAUCUUGACAUGGUGUUUUUUGUUUUGCCAGCGCGCGCUCACGCCCACCCUACCGGACCGAUAUGGCUCUGAAAAAAGCAGAUAAACUUAAAUGACUAAAAUCAACAAAUGUCACCGAGGUGUGGAUUUUUUGGGGAAGCCCCGUGACCCGUCGUCUGCAUUUGCGAGUGUAAUUCGAGAGUUUGGCGGAGGGCAGGCUGAGUAUUGCCAUAGUAUACCAAACAUUGCGGAUGCCUCAAAAAUAAAUUAAUUAUUGAAAGCUUUUAGCCAUUUUUCUACCCUAUUUUUUCCGUCGUGGAUGUGCAGAAAUAAAACGACAAUGCAACUUUCGAAAAAGACGCAUUAGAUCUAAUACAGAUGAUGCCAAUUUGCAUGUAAUGUAUUAACGCAAUUAUGCUAAAAGGAUUUGUGUGUACACCUUGCAAAUGGCAUGACGACCCACACCGAGCUGUCAAGACGAGAAAUACUUCUUAAAAUGUGGAUCCCACCCUCCUGAGGAAGAGAAUCCGUCGACAUUUUAUCUCUUUAUGUUUUGACUAUUUGUUUGACUGUUUGUUGAGCUGACUGCACCACUGAAAGAACAUACUCCAUCCAUCUAUCCAUCAGUCGCGUUAUCUGAGCCCCUGACACUCACACUCUCUCACACACUGAUCUUUGGUGCUUUAUGGACAUUUCUUAGCCAUGAAGAUCAGAUCUGAAUGUCUGUGUGCUCUGUGCUGAGGCGGAUGGGGUGUAAUGUGGUGUUGUCACCCUGAGACUUCACCCCCUUCUCGGCUGCUUCGUAACGAUUGGCUUUUGGUGUCUACAGAAUGGCUCGGUUCGGAGACGAAGUGCCGGCCAGGUACGGCGGCGGCGGCGGCGGGGGCUCCGGUCAGGGGGGACCCGGCCGCGGCGGCAGCAGGCAGGGCGGCCCGCCAGGGGCCCAGAGGAUGUACAAGCAAUCGAUGGCCCAGAGAGCCCGGACCAUGGCCAUCUACAACCCUAUCCCGGUCCGACAGAACUGCCUGACGGUCAACCGCUCUCUCUUUCUCUUCAGUGAAGACAACAUAGUGAGAAAAUACGCCAAAAAGAUCACCGAAUGGCCUCCGUUUGAGUGGAUGAUUUUGACCACCAUCAUCGCCAACUGCAUCGUACUGGCUCUCGAACAACACUUACCAGUUGGAGAUAAAACUCCACUGUCAGAACGACUGGAAGAGACGGAGCCCUAUUUCAUUGCUAUUUUCUGUUUUGAGUCGGGCAUUAAGAUUCUGGCGCUGGGAUUCGCCUUCCACAAGGGCUCCUACCUGAGAAACGGCUGGAACGUCAUGGAUUUUGUUGUGGUGCUCACAGGUAUCCUGUCCUCCGUGGGGUCAGAAUUAGACCUGCGGACGCUGCGAGCAGUCAGAGUGUUACGGCCGCUAAAACUGGUGUCAGGAAUUCCUAGCCUGCAGGUGGUGCUGAAGUCCAUCAUGAAGGCCAUGAUUCCACUGCUGCAAAUUGGUGUGCUUUUAUUCGUGGCCAUUCUUAUGUUUGCCAUUAUUGGCCUGGAGUUCUACAUGGGCAAAUUCCACACCACCUGCUUCAACACCAUCACUGGUGAGAUGUAUGAUGAACGGCCAUGUGGAGCUCGGACAUGUGAUGCAAACAAUACGCAAUGCCAGGGCUACUGGCUUGGGCCCAACUAUGGGAUCACACAGUUCGACAAUGUACUUUUUGCUGUGCUCACUGUAUUCCAGUGCAUCACAAUGGAGGGCUGGACUGAUAUGCUUUAUUAUAGCAAUGAUGCCUUAGGGAGUGCCUGGAACUGGAUGUACUAUGUUCCGCUCAUCAUUAUUGGAUCCUUCUUCAUGCUUAAUCUGGUGUUGGGUGUUCUCUCAGGUGAGUUUGCCAAAGAAAGAGAGCGUGUAGAGAACAGGAGUGAGUUCCUCAAGCUCAAACGGCAGCAGCAGAUCGAGAGAGAGCUCAACGGUUACCUGGAGUGGAUCUGCAAAGCAGAAGAGGUCAUACUCGCAGAGGAUGACAAUGACACCGGAUCUCGACGAAGACCCACAUUAAAGAAAAAUAAAGCUGACCUGUUAAAUCCACAAGAGGGAGUGGACCACAUGGGAGAUUCAGUUGGCUCACCUUUUGCUCGUGGAAGCAUGAGCGGGAAGGGUGAUGAAACCCCAUUUAGCAAGAAAGAGCGACGUCUUCGCUUCCUUAUUCGAAAGAUGGUAAAGACUCAGGCGUUUUACUGGACCGUCAUUAGCCUGGUUGCACUCAACACACUGUGUGUGGCUGUAGUACACUACGAUCAGCCUGAGCUACUGUCAGACUUCCUCUAUUAUGCUGAGUUCAUUUUCCUAGGCCUCUUUAUGUCAGAGAUGCUGAUUAAGAUGUACGGACUGGGGACGCGCCCUUAUUUCCACUCCUCAUUCAACUGUUUCGAUUGUGCCGUCAUCGUUGGCAGUAUAUUCGAGGUGGUUUGGGCCAUGGUGAAACCCGGGACGUCCUUUGGAAUCAGCGUGUUACGAGCUCUAAGACUGCUUAGGAUCUUCAAAGUCACCAAAUACUGGGCAUCGUUGCGCAAUUUAGUAGUGUCUCUUCUGAACUCAAUGAAGUCCAUUAUCAGUUUACUGUUCCUUCUCUUCCUAUUCAUCGUGGUCUUCGCUCUUCUUGGCAUGCAGCUCUUUGGUGGACAGUUUAAUUUUGAACUGGGCACUCCUCCUACAAACUUUGAUACUUUCCCCGCUGCCAUUAUGACAGUGUUUCAGAUUCUAACAGGAGAGGAUUGGAAUGUGGUGAUGUAUGACGGCAUCAAGUCUCAGGGUGGUGUGGACAAAGGAAUGAUCUUCUCCGUAUUUUUCAUUGUGCUCACACUUUUUGGCAACUACACACUACUGAAUGUAUUCUUGGCUAUCGCUGUGGACAACCUGGCCAACGCUCAGGAACUAACUAAGGAUGAGCAAGAGGAAGAAGAGGCCACAACACAAAAGAUGGCUCUUCAGAAAGCGAAAGAAGUGGCAGAAGUGAGCCCGCUGUCUGCUGCAAACCUCUCGAUCGCUGCUAAAGAGCAGCAGAAGAACUCGAAAGGUUCGAAGUCAGUGUGGGAGCAGCGCACAAGUGAGAUCCGCAGACAGAACCUGAUGACCAGCAGAGAGGCACUCUAUAAUGAACUUGAUGCUGAAGAUCACUGGAAGAUGAAUUACCGCAACCGGCCUGACGUGAAGACCCACUUGGACCGUCCACUAGUUGUCAAUCCUCAGGAGAACCGCAACAACAACACCAACAAGCCCCGACCCGAUGACCCAAACCCCCAGGAGCGAAGCGAAGAACACCCGUCCAGAUCCCAUCACCAUCACAGCCACCAUCACCACCACCACCACCACCACACUCACCACUCCAGCCGCCAGUCUCUGCACCUCCCAGAGCUGGCCGAGACCGGUUUUGAAUGUGAUGUGGAGGGCGCAGGUGAGCACAGGCGACCCCGACACCACCAGCACAGGCGGAGGGAUGAAGAUGGAGGAGAGAGAGGAAGGAAACACAGAGAUCAUCACAGCAGAGGAGAGACGGCUGGAGGAGAUGCAGAGGACGGACAGGAGAAGCGGCAGAGGAGACAUCGACAUGCUAACCAUGGGGAUGGAGACGGGAGAAGGGAGAGGAGUCGACUGCAUCGCAAUAAGAAAGAGGGUAGUUUAUCGACGGCUCGUCCAAUUCAGCCAGGACUACCUCACACUGAGAGCCAGUAUAGCGAGGAUCUGGACAACCUGCGCAACAGCAGCAAGAUGGCCAUUCACGACCCUGACCCUGACCUCUAUGACCCCUACUAUGACCCAGAGCAGGCCAAUAACCUGCUGAACCUGCGUGGACCAGAUCUACAUGACAGCAGUCUCAUUCUGACAGACUCCAGCAAACUGGAGCACACUGCCAUAGACAUGCCCCCCAUUUACCCCUCACUCAAUGCCAAGCUACAAGUGAACAAGAAUGCCAACACAGAGCCAGCUAAAGAAGGGGAGAAGAAAGAGGAGGAAGAAGACGAUGGUGGCGAUGAAGAAGGCCACAAGCGCAUUCCACCUUUUAGUUCUUGUUUCAUCCUAUCCACAACCAACCCCUUCCGGAGAUGCUGUCACUACAUCCUCACUCUACGUUAUUUCGAGAUGUGUAUUCUGUCCGUUAUCGCUAUGAGCAGCAUCGCGUUAGCAGCAGAAGAUCCCGUCUCACAGGAUUCAGAGAGAAACAAAGUUUUGCGUUAUUUUGACUACGUCUUUACUGGAGUGUUCACCUUUGAGAUGCUUAUCAAGAUGGUGGUGUUAGGCUUGAUUUUGCACGAGGGCUCAUAUUUUCGUGACCUGUGGAACUUUCUGGACUUUGUAGUGGUUAGUGGUGCCCUGGUAGCCUUUGCCUUCACGAGCUUCUCUGGGGGGAGCGGUAAGGGGAAAGACAUCAGUAUCAUCAAGUCUCUGAGGGUUCUAAGGGUGCUGCGUCCACUCAAGACCAUCAAACGUCUUCCAAAACUAAAAGCGGUGUUUGACUGUGUAGUAAACUCUCUGAAGAAUGUGUUGAACAUCCUCAUUGUCUACAUGCUGUUCAUGUUCAUCUUCGCUGUGGUGGCCGUGCAGCUUUUUAAAGGACGAUUCUUUUACUGCACUGAUGAGUCUAAAGAGUUUGCCCGAGACUGCAGGGGCGAAUAUUUGGUGUACGAGCGCGAUAACGAGGUCAAAUCUCAGAAGAGGGAGUGGAAGAAGUACGAUUUCCACUACGACAAUGUGCUUUGGGCCCUGCUUACUCUCUUUACUGUGUCCACCGGAGAGGGAUGGCCAGAUGUGUUGAAGCACUCUGUGGACUCCACUUACGAGAAUCGGGGCCCGAGCCCGGGAUACAGGAUGGAAAUGUCCAUCUUUUACGUGGUGUACUUCGUUGUCUUCCCCUUUUUCUUCGUAAACAUAUUUGUAGCUCUCAUCAUCAUCACCUUCCAAGAGCAAGGAGACAAGAUGAUGGAGGACUACAGCCUCGAAAAAAAUGAGAGAGCCUGUAUUGAUUUUGCUAUAAAUGCCAAACCUCUAACGCGCCACAUGCCUCAGAACAAGCAAAGCUUUCAGUACCGAAUGUGGCAGUUUGUGGUGUCGCCUCCGUUUGAGUACAGUAUCAUGUCUCUCAUUGCGCUCAACACCAUCAUCCUUAUGAUGAAGUAUAAUGGGGCUUCCGAUGCAUAUGACAAAGUCCUGAAGAACCUGAAUAUAGUGUUCACCACAUUCUUCUUCAUGGAGAGUAUUCUGAAAAUCAUUGCCUUUGGUGUCAGAAAUUUUUUCAGAGAUGCUUGGAAUAUUUUUGAUUUUGUGUCUGUUAUCGGCAGCAUCACUGAUAUUUUAGUGACUGAGCUCGUGAAUAACUUCAUAAACCUGAGUUUUCUGAGACUCUUUCGAGCAGCUCGUCUCAUUAAGCUCUUGCGGCAGGGCGAGACCAUUCGCAUUCUGCUUUGGACCUUCGUUCAGUCAUUUAAGGCUCUGCCAUAUGUAUGCCUGCUCAUUGCAAUUCUGUUUUUCAUCUACGCCAUCAUUGGCAUGCAGCUGUUUGGGAACUUGGCUCUGGAUGACGAAGGUGCUAUCAAUGAACACAACAACUUCAGAACCUUCUUCAUGGCCCUCAUGCUCCUCUUCAGGAGUGCCACGGGCGAGGCGUGGCAUGAUAUCAUGCUGUCAUGUCUGGGAGGAAUGCCCUGUGAGCCGGAGGAGGUUGGAUCAGAAUGUGGCAGCAAUGUGGCCUAUGCAUACUUCGUCUCUUUCAUCUUUCUCUGUUCGUUCCUGAUGCUGAAUCUUUUUGUGGCUGUCAUCAUGGAUAACUUUGAGUACUUGACCAGGGACUCCUCCAUCCUGGGUCCGCAUCAUUUGGAUGAGUAUGUCAGGAUAUGGGCAGAGUACGACCCCGCAGCCUGCGGGCGCAUUCAUUAUAAGGAUAUGUACAGUUUAUUGCGGGUUAUCGACCCCCCGCUGGGCUUAGGCAAGAAAUGUCCUCAUAGGGUGGCCUGCAAGAGACUGCUCCGUAUGGACCUGCCCGUUGCUGAUGACAACACGGUGCAUUUCAACUCCACUCUGAUGGCCUUGAUUCGCACAGCACUGGACAUCAAAAUUGCCAAGGGAGGAGCGGACAAACACCAGAUGGACGCGGAGCUCCGUAAAGAAAUGAUGGCGAUUUGGCCAAAUCUCUCUCAGAAGAACCUGGAUCUGCUGGUAACGCCACACAAGUCAGCGACAGACCUGACAGUGGGCAAGAUCUACGCCGCCAUGAUGAUCAUGGAGUACUACCGGCAGAGCAAGGCCAAAAAGCUGCAGGCGCUUCGUGAGGAGCAGAACCGAACGCCAUUAAUGUUUCAGCGCAUGGAGCCGUCCCCAAACCAGGAAGGGGGACCGGGGCUGAAUGGCCUGCCCGAGCUGCCGCAGGAGCCCGUUAACAGCCUGCCUCCAGAGGUUGGAAUGAAUGAAAGCCAGUCAUGGGUGACGUCACGCGCCCAGGAGAUGUGCCAGAAGUCCGUUCCAGAAAACUGGAACCCUGACAGACCAUAUCCUGAUGACCAUCAUGACAGCCGCCACAAUCCACAGACGGUAGAAAUGAGAGAGUUUGGGCCUGUUGGGGACGGUUACUCGGACACUGAGCCCUAUCACCCAAUGGAAGGGCAUGGCCGGACCAUCUCCAUGCCUCGCCUCUCUGCAGACAACCAACGACGGAGACACAGGCCGCGAGGAAGUAAUCUCAGUACCAUCACCGACACAAGUCCAAUGCGUCGUUCUACAUCCUCAUUGGUCCAUGGACGUUCAGGUCGAGGCGUGCGAUUGGAUGAUUACUCUCUGGAACGGGUGGUGUCAGAAGAGGGUCACCGACAUGCUCCCCGAAGGAGAGAUCGUGAUCGAGACCGGGAUAGAGAUCGCAGUCAUCGAACCUCAGAGAGAUCCCUCGCUCGCUAUACAGAUGCAGACACAGGUCUGGGUACAGAUCUUAGCACCACUACACAGUCGGGUGACCUCCCACCUAAAGAAAGGGAACGAGAACGGGGUCGAGCAAAAGACCGUCGCCACCACCACCACCAUCAUCACCACCACGGCUCGGUGGAUAAAGAUCGGUACAGUCACGAGCGCGACUACCAUCGUCAUCCUCAAGACAGAUCAGAUCGCCAAUGGUCCCGCUCUCCGAGUGAGGGCAGAGGGCACAGACAGGGCAGUAGUUCUGUGAGCGGAAGCCCCGUUCCCUCGACGUCGGGGACCAGCACCCCCCGGCGUGGCCGUCGCCAGUUGCCCCAGACCCCAUCCACUCCACGCCCUCACGUCACCUACUCCCCUGCGGUCCGCAAGCCUCCAUAUGGCUCCCCAGGCCAGGGUCGACUCCGCUCCCCUUCCCCGCGAAACUUUUCUCCGCCAGGUCAUGAACCGCCAUACCACCGUCCACCCUCCCGCCAUGCCUCACCUCAUCCUGGCUCACCCCGGCAUGCCUCUCCGCGUUCCCCCAGGCACACGUCGCCCAGGUCCCCUCGUCACGGCCGCUGGGGCCCUCCGGACAGCCUAGAAGGUGAUGGAACUUUCUACGAACGGGACUAUGAGUACGAGCGCCACCAUGAGCCGCCAGCCUACGAACAGAGUUUAUCACAGGGCAACCCCCAUCCACAUUCACACCCUCAUCCCCGGUCACCAAGGACUGCUCGUCACGGGCCUCAACCACACCCGCGGCGUAUGCCUAACGGCUACCGUUCCUCCUCGCCCUCCCCGCACCGGCGCGGCCCCCACCCAGGCCCACACCGGCCACCGCAUGGCCGUGGGCCCCGGAAGGGGUUGCACGAACAAUAUAGCGAGACGGACGAGGAUGAUUGGUGUUAAUGCGCAGGGUGGCCAGUAGAGGGCCCCACUUGUCUCAAACCAAGAUGUUUAUGCAGCGCAGCAUUGAGAGAGGGGGGAAGGGGAAAAGCGAACGGGGCUAAUGCGCCAUCGUGGGACUCUAAGCUUCCCUACUCCCUCUCUCUCUCUCUUUCUCUAUUGCUUUCUCUUGCUCUCUGGACUACGUUGACUCCCAAAGAAGGGAAUGGGAGCGUAUGAGAGAUCAAUGGGGUGGUUGCGUUUGGAUGGACUGAACUUUAAAGAUCAGAGUCGCUGUGUUAUGUGUAACGCUCCACCUCAGACUGAGCAAGAUUGAUUGCUUCUUGCCUGAUGGGAAAAAAAAUGAGGAGCGACAUCCUCUGUCAAUCAAAAAAAAAAAGGAAAAAAAAAGAGUUUUAAAAAUGAAGCCAGAACCCCCUUUUCCCCCCUCACAUCUAUGCCUCUUGAAAAGACCUAAAAAUCAAAUGGGAAGAAAAAAACAGAGAUUGUUGAAGAAAAAGCAAGUGCUCUUGUGAGCAAGAGCUCUACCUACUGCAAAACCAGCCCCAUGUGCUGGCUGAUAUCGAUGAGUUUUAUCAUCAACGUUUACUGUUACCAACUCAAGAUGCUGAGUGACCUCAUCACCUGGGGGAGGGGUUAAACGUCAAAGAGGUGUGGCAUGUGAAAGGACCCAGUGCAGGCAAGAGGAGGUGGGUGGGCGUGGCACACCCAAGCCCCGCCCACAAACUGCAACUCAGUCCUGACAAGGAAAGACAGUGUGAAAAGAAGGAAUCGGCAGAUGAGGGAGGGAUGAAAAAGACUAUUUUCUCUUCAGAAUGUCUUCAAUUGAUUACUACUUCUUUUUGAACAUUUGGAGCUUGGUUAUUCUGUUGCAUUUGCUCAGCUUUCUUUGAUAUUUUUGGACUAAAAUCUGAUGGAAACUUGCAUGAUUGAUUUAAAAAAAAAUAUUAAUAUAUAUAAAUAUAUAUAUCAGACAGAAGAUUUACUGUGGGAAGGGGGGUGAUAGCUCUCUUUUUUCCAUUCAGUUGGAGGAAGUUCUUUCUCUCGUUUUCUCCCUGUUGCUCUUGCCAUGUCUACAGAUCUUUACGUGCAGAUGGAGUUUAUAGAUAGCAGACCUUUCUAGAUAGCGAGACAGCUCUGAACGUGUUUUCUAUGUUAUAUCCGUCUGAGGAUCCCAGAUGAUGUUCUGCACUGUUUAUUAUUACUUUGGAUUGCACUAAAAACUAAGCCUGAAUCGUGAAACCUCCCUCAUUACGGCUCUGUCGGCAAUGGCCUCGAACAGAGAGAGAAACGGGCCGAGAGACGUUCUCCUUUCUAAGGCUUAAUUUGCUAUUGUCAGUAACAAUAGUCUUAUUGUAAUGAUGAAAUCUUAAUGCAAUUGAUGAAGAUGACAGUGAUGCUAAUGAAGAUAGAGGUGGUCAUG